CCUAAAUAAUGCCUCCUCGAACGUCUCCUCCUUACAAAUGGAUUUAGGGAAAUCGAAAAGCCACGGCUAGUCAACAAUGUCGACCAAACUUUUCUAAUUCCGGAAAGUAACACAGAGCUUGCUUCUUCUUCUUUUUUUUUCAUAAAUGCAUUACUAUUUUUGACCCCUCCACGUUCUUGGUGGAGCGCGCAUUAAACACUGCGUCAGAAUCGAAUCUCACGCGUCUUUCUUUUCCCUAGCUUUUAGUUCUUCGAGCCCACAAGAAUCCCAUAUCUGUUUUCAUCUAAUUCGUGGGUCCAUCCUCAGAGAUGUGGUCGGCGGUGGGUGUUUUGAGGCGUACGGCCGUGAGUAAAGGUUCUCCGAUAAGUUCAUGGCUCGGUGGUUACAGAUGUCUCACAGUCGAACCAACGGAGAAGGAAAACGCGGAGGAGAUAACUGUAACGGAAGCGAAGAAGCUGAUGAGGUUAGUGAAUGUUGAUGAGAUGAAGAAGAAGCUCGGUUGUAUGGGGAAUGAUGAAACUGUCUCUUACACUAAACUCAUUGAGGCAUCUCAAGGUUUUGGUAUCGCUAGAUCUCUCGACGAAGCUCACGCGUUCGCUCGUAUACUCGAUGAUGCUGGUGUGAUUUUAAUUUUCCGUGAUAAAGUCUAUCUUCAUCCAGAUAAGCUGGUGGAGUUGAUUAGAAAGGCAGUGCCUUUAGGUUUAAAUCCAGAGGAUGAUCCAGCUAAAUUCGAGUUCGAUAAGCUUAGGAGAAUGAAGGAAGAGAUUGAUGUGUUGGCACAUAAGCAAGUGAGGAAGAUUCUGUGGUGUGGUCUUGGCUACUCAGUGGUUCAGAUCGGACUCUUCUUCAGGCUCACUUUCUGGGAGUUUUCAUGGGAUGUGAUGGAACCGAUUACGUUUUUCACUACAGCGACUGGGAUUAUUGUUGGUUACGGUUAUUUCUUGAUGACUUCGAGGGACCCAACUUAUCAAGAUUUCAUGAAGAGGUUGUUUCUUUCUAGGCAGAGGAAGUUGCUCAAGAGUCGUAAGUUUGAUGUUGAGAGGUUUAAGGAACUUGAGAAGAAGUGGAAGAUGACGUCUUGCUCUUCAUCUUCGUAUCAUUCGUGCCACGCGAACGCAUCAAUUCGGAAAUGUGUUGGGAUUGAUCUUGAUUUAGAGGAUUCUUUGCAUAGUCGCAAAGACUGAUUCAUUCGGUUUCUGGUUUUCUAACCAUUAUUCACUUUUGGUUUUAUAUACUAUAACCAAUGUCUCUGGAGGCUUCUUCAUGUUUGAUUCUUUGGUGUUUACAAAAAAGAAUCCAAUGGGUGUUUAGUUUUGCAGUAGUCAAUGGAGAUUGAGAUUUUUAUUUGAUAA